CGGCUUGUGUCUACUCCCCCCCCCCCUCUCUCUCUCCCUCACACACACACACACACGCACACAGCCACGCUCCCAGACAAGACACACACGCUCAGUAUCAGUAGCCCAUGUAGAACCACGUAGCACCAGCUUUGGAUUUUAAACCCCAACACCAGCAGCGGCAGCAGCCGGAGUCGGAGUCGGAGCCGGAGCCGGAGCGGUCAUGGAUCUCUUUGAAUUCGACUUUUUCAGAGACUGGGAGCUUGAACAACCAUGUCACCUGGAGUCGGAUCGCAGCGCCCUGAAGAGGAGAGAGUGGGAGAGGAGGAAUCAGGAGGUCCAACAGGAGGAGGACCUGUUCUCAACCGGAUUCAACCUGUUCGGAGAGCCCUAUAAAACGAAUAAAGGUGAUGCAUUGGCCAGUCGCGUCCAGAACACGCUGGGCUCCUACGAAGAAAUGAAAGACCUGUUGACCAGCCAUUCCAACCAGAGCCACCUGGUGGGAAUCCCCAAAGGGAGCGGCGCGAACCACAACCUGCAAGCCCCGACCACCUCAGCAACAGAAAGACCUGCCACGGAAUCGCAGCUUUUCACCGAGACCCUAAGAGGAGGAGGAGCGGAGGCGGGCGGGGACAAGAGGGUGGCAAACGCACCGUCUUCGUCCUCGAUGCAGCCUCCUGCCUCGAGCACGUCGUCCUCGUCAUCCUCGAGCACGUCAACAGUCCCACAUCAGAAUUCAAAGAAGUCGCGGGGCUCCAUGGACUGGUCAAGGGGAGGCCACGGACAGAGCUCCCAGGGAGCAGGCCUCGUCCUGGGGUUAGGACAGAGUGGCCAGGGGCAGGCUGCGGGGUCCACCAGCGGAAGGGGGAAAACAGCUUCGCUGGAGGAGCAGGAAAUGCAAAGGCACGAAGAACUGUUCAGCUCACUGAAAGAUGAACUUGGUCUAAAAGGAGACUCAAGUCCAUCUUCUUCCUCUUCGUCCUCUUCUUCCUCCUCAUCUUCCCGAAGGCACUCUUCCCACCCCUCCAAGACCCUUCCUCUCACAGAUGGCGGCAAUUUUCGAUCUUCCACCAUGGACGGUGGCCAUUUUAAGUCUUCCACUAACACAGAAACCGGUGGGCAUUUUAAAUCCUCCCCGUUUGAAAAUGAAACAGGCUCUCACUUCUCAACGUCCUCGUCCCCGCUGGCUUCCACAUCGGUUGUGACGACACCCACCCCCGGUCUAACCACUCCCACAUCCGGACUAACCACACCCACCUUCCCACCCGGUAGCCUAUCGGGGAAGCCGGUCGCAGUUCAGCAGAAGCCCACAGCGUACGUCCGACCAAUGGACGGCCAGGACCAGGCACCUAGUGACUCGCCGCAGCUCAAACCCCCCCUAGUGGCCACGGAGGGAUUCAACAGCAGUCAGGCCUACGGAGGAAACUCUGGGAAUGGGAAGAGCAAACUGCCAAAGCUGACUCUCAGCCACACUGGGGAGGUCAGCCUUCCAAACGACUCCAGCUGUGUUGAAGAGAUUUUGCGGGAGAUGACCCAUUCCUGGCCCCCUCCUCUCACAGCCAUACACACUCCCGGCAAGGCUGAUCAGACCAAGUUUCCCAUCCCAAACAAGGAGUCGCAGCAUGCGACCUCAGGCUACAACACCCAGAAGCGAUGUAGUGUGUCAGCUAACAAGCCUGCUGCUAAACCACCAACUGCACCACAGAAGUCGAUGCUGGAGGAUGACCUGAAGAUCAGCAGCGACGAGGAGGAGGCCGAACAACAGGCGUCUGACAAGCCCAAAGCCAGAGGCACAGCCCUAAGUGGUGCAUCAGGGAGCAGCAGUGAAUCAGAGAGCAGCUCCGAGUCCGACACGGACGAAUCAGAGAGCAGCUCCAGUGACAGCGAAUAUAACCGGGCCUCCCGCACAAACACGCCAGAGCCCGAGCCCCCGUCCACCAACAAGUGGCAGCUGGACAGCUGGUUGAACAAGGUCCAAGCUCAAACCAAACCUCUGGUUCCCACACAGCAAGAACAUCAUGGCGCAGGCUCUAUUACCCAGGGUCCAGGGACCUUCUCCCCACGGAGUGAAGCACCAGAAGUGGGCACACCUGCCAAGGCCAAGCCCUGUGGAUCCAACAGCACCCCUGUUCCGGCUGCACCGCCUGUGGAACACAAGGAUACGAGGGGAGCCCCCUGCCCGGGCAGAGAGAAGGCCAAGGCCAAGCUCAGCGCGAAGGCCUCGGGAGAGGGCCAGAGGUCCAAGAUGAGGCUGUCGCCCGCCCUGCUGUCCGGGCAAGAGGUCACAACCCCGAGGAGGAACACCACGGGGAAAAAGCAGCCCAGACGGACGGAGAGGUCAAACAGCGUCGAGGAUAAUCAGAACCCCACAUGGAGCAGAGCAAACCAGCACAGCAGCCCUGCCGCGAUGGAGAAGGUCCUGUUGCCUUCCCCCUCCCUGGAGCAUCAGAACCCCCCAAGGCCGCGAAGCAAGCCCCCGAGCGGGAAAACUGCCCCCAGGAAAGAGCCUCGCGGUGCCGCCAACCCCAACAACACCACAGUAACUCCGCCGGCAGCGCUACAACAAACCCCCGUGCCAAUACCUGCUGUCAGUGUAAGCCAGGACAAGCGGAAACACAGAGGCCCGAGCUCCAAAAUCACCCCCAAGUCCCGGGAAUUUAUCGAAACGGACUCCUCCUCCUCCUCCUCAGAGUGCCACUCGGAGUCGGAGGAGGCGGUCAAAGUCCCCGCUCUGCCACAGACGACGCGCACCGCGAUCAACACGCAGACUCUGUCCAACACGCACAUGCACGCGCCCCUCCUCCCGUGCCUGACCUCUGCCGGCAGUUUGGGGAGUCUGGGAACAUUCGGUGGGAAGGGACUGCGGGUCAAAGAUGGCAGCACUGUGACCACCAAUGGUAGCAGCAGUAGUAACGGUAGCAUCGGCAGCGGGAAUAAUGGCGGCGGUAACAGCUGUAACUCCCUGAGCAUCAGCAACAUAAGCGGUCCGUUUGGCACCUCCGUCCCUGAUCCUGGAGGGUUAGGAGGGCAGGGUAAGGACCCGGAGUCCAUGUCACCACCUUCCAACACGGGACACGAGGUCCCCCUCUCCCCCCUCAGGGAGUACCAGGAGGUCCAGAGUUUAUGGGUGAAAAUCGACCUGAGUUUGCUCGGCAGGGCGCCCGGCCAGGGCUCGGGGGACAGGGCCAGUGUGGGACUCGCAGAAAGGGACGGGAGUGAAGGCAGAGAGCGGGAGAGACAGGGGGAGAGGACGGGUGUGGCGGAGAGAGAGAGGCAGAAGCAGGAAGACCGAGAGUGGCCGGGGCCGAGAGAAAGACCGAGAGCCACCAAAGGGGAGAGACAGGAGGAAGAGGCUGAGCGAUUGGUACAGGACAGGGAGCGGCAAGGUGACAGAGACAGAUUAACAGACAGAGGGGGGCAGACGGACAGAGAGGACAGAGAAAGAUUAGGGCCUGGGGAGAGGGAGAGGACGACGGCGAGGGAGAGAGAGAAGGUAGGCCUCGGCCUGGGGGUCCUGGACAACCCCCCUGCGCAAGAGCAGAGUAAUCCCCGGCCGGCGGGGAGGGCCGAGAGGGGGGAGAGCGAAGGUAAACACAGGAGACAAGCAGCCGGGAACACGGCGGUCCCCGCAGAGAAACACGGCAGCAAGAACAAAAGGAAACACAAGUCGGACCCCACCGAGCCAUCGGUCAACGGCAAUAAGAAGCUGCGGCUGGACAAAGACUGUGUGCUUCUCCCACCCUGCAUCUCCCCAAUACACAACCACAAGAACGGCUCCGCAGACUCUCAGAACAGGAAGCAGUCUCGACGGCGCAACGAGAAGCUGCUCCCUCCACUCCUGUCCCCCCUCUCCGAAGAUCCCCCGCGUAAACGGACCUGUGACAGCAGUUCCUCUCUCGGCCAGGAGGGCGGCGCCGCAGGGAUUCUACCCUGCUCCACGGCGUCCACCACCGCCACCACCUCGUCCUCCUCCUCCUCUUCCUCCUCCAGUCACAGGCACAAGAGAGGUGAAGGCAAAGUGUCGUCACAUACCAGAAAUGGCAGCAUUCCAAUGCCGUGCCUACUGCAGGAAAUGGAGGCCCCGAGCGAGAAGCCCUGCGGAGAGGGUUACCAUGCCAACGGACAGUCGGACUCGGAGGUGUGGUCGGAACCAUUGGUGGAAGUGGCAGAACCUCGCAGGCCACGACUGACAUUCAGUGACAUAGUCCACAGUGCAGACUACUACAUGCAGGAAGCCAAGAGACUGAAGCACAAAGCUGAUGCUCUGAUGGACAAAUUUGGCAAAGCGGUGAACUACGCGGACGGCGCCCUCUCCUUCAUCGAGUGUGGGAACGCGAUGGAGCGAGAUCCGCUGGAGGCCAAAUCCCCUUAUACCAUGUACUCCGAGACCGUGGAGCUCAUCAGGUACGCCAUGAGGCUGAAGAACUUCGGCAGCCAUUCCUCUACGGUCUCUGAGAAGAAGCUCGCCGUGCUGUGUAACCGCUGUCUGUCUCUGCUGUAUCUGAGGAUGUUUCGUCUGAAGAAAGACCAUGCUGUCAAGUACUCGCGGUCGCUCAUGGAGUACUUCAAGAAUUCCGCCAAGAGUUCCCACCAAGCACCUUCUCCCUGGAGGACCAAUGGGAAGGUCAAUGGGACUCCAUCUCCCCUCUCUCUCAGCCCGUCCCCAGCCAGCAGUGGAGGAGGAGGAGGAGGAGGAGGAGGAGGAGGAGGAGGGUCCGGUGGGGCCCCAAGCUCCCUGGGCAGCGUGGCUAUUCCCCAGCGUAUCCACCACAUGGCUGCCAGUCACGUCAACAUCACCAACAACAUCCUGCGCAGCUAUGAAAACUGGGAGACGGCCGACAGACUGGCCACUGAUAGCCAAGAUUUCUUCCAGGAGCUGGACUCUGUCAUGGAGCCACUGAGUCAGCAGAGCAGCAUGACUGAGCUGGUCCGGUACAUCAGGCAGGGACUGCACUGGCUCCGCAUAGAGGCUCGCCUGCUGUAGAGACGGGACAGGGACAAAAUUGAAAAGCGAGACAGGAAUCGGGACUGGGAGCGAAAAACUGGCAUAAGAAGUGAGAUGGGACUCAGGACGCUGCAUCGAUUCCCUCCGGGAUUCUCCAGACGACCACGGUAAUGUAACGGCAUAGCCUGGGUGGAUCAAUCAGGCCGAAGUUCACCUGCAGUUUGGACUGAACAGUCACCAAGUUUAGGAAUUUCUACUGUGAAUCACAGAGAGCGAAUUGCAUUGUUAUAAGUUUGACUGAUUCUAUAUUUUUUUGAGAGAAUAAUAUAUCAGUGAAUGUAGCUUACAUUCCUAUAGGGACACAGUGGAUGUUUUAAACUCCCCGGUGUCCAUGAACAGAAAUAGGAACCACAAAGGGAAGGUUAAAAAAAAAAAAAAGUGCUUUUACUAUGACAGGAUCAUUUAAAACAAGAUACGUGAGAGGCUGAUGUGAUUAAGGGAAGGAAAAGAGCUCAGCAGAGGCUCAUCUCCUCCAGCAGUGGCCUAGCAAUGUUCCUGCGACUGGCUGGAACAAUUAAAGCCUCUGGCUGAUAUCGAUCCGAGCGGAAAAGUACCAGUCCAAUCCAUUAGAUAAGAGCCAUGCUGGUUAAGGAAAGAGAUUCAGGAACAACCACUAGAGCUGAAUAAAUGGAGGCUGCAGUCGGUCCCUCUGCUGCUGUUUCAGUCCAGCUUCAGUCUCUAGUGGCGGAUCCUCCACGAAACCUUUGGCAAACGGGAGCUAGAAGCUGCCUCUACUCUGUAUCCCUUUGGUCAUGAAGCAACUCAAUCAGACGAAAGAAUGAGUCCCUCUGAGGUCAACAGGUCGGUCAAAUUUUGGAAGUCCGGAAGAUUUUCCUCAUAUCCAGCUCAACGUUUGAUCGGUUCACCAUCAGCUGAUCUUCAUGGACACAUGCACAUACCCGGAUCACAGCCAGCACAUGGGCACGUGUGAUGAUGCAAUCCAGCAGGGGUCAUAUUUGACAUUGCGAGGAGUUAACAUCAGUCAAUACUAGUAUAGCUACUGAAGAAAUCACCUUUGCUAUUUAAAAAAAAACCACGUACAGUCGUGCCUCUUCUUCGGUCGUGUUUCUGAAAGAGCAGCUGCUAAAAGCACAUUUCCUGCACUUACCGUCAUUUCCAAAUUGCAAAUCUUGGAACUUGUGUGAUUGAGACACUCCUGCCGCGACCACCAGCUGGUGACACCACAGGUGUCGCCAAAUCAACCCCCGGAAAAAGAAAUGAAGGGAUGCAAUUUUAAAUCGGCAAUUUCGCCCUUGUCAUUGGUCUGGUUAUAGUCUUCUAUACAGAAUAUUGAUACCAACGCAAAUCAGUAUAUAAAGAAAUCUACAUUUCUUUUUCUGAAACAACCAUUUUCAUUUUUAACAAGAGAGGUCAAAGUUCUUGGAUAUCCUCUACAGAGGCCUGGUUUUAGACGCCUUUGGUGUAGGGCAGUGACAGUAAUAUUUUUAAAUGACGACCUUUUUUCUUUUUUCUUUUUAAGGGUGUCUUAAUUUAUCCACUUGGAUCAGUCAUUUGUUUAAGUAGAGGCUCUGGGAUCGCAGAGCCUCAACCGAAUCAUGUCAACCUCAACGCGGAGACGUGUGUGGCCACCGUGGGGAUCACAGGACCCGGUCAUGCCGCAGUCCAGGGAGGUAAUGGCUCAGCAGAACAAGCACUCAAAUCAGCGGUACAACAGAUGAGGGCUUUCUUCCAUCAAAUAAAGCACUGGUCUGGUUCUUCUCUUACUAGUUAUGGGCUCUUGUGAAAUCCCGACCAGCUCUAGUUCCCAUAGUAACCCACCCGCUAAGGUGUCAAACACAAGAAAAAACCACAAGAUUCGGUAUGAUUUGCCUCUAAUUAGGCCCCCGCUCGUGUGCGAAACGAGUAAACAGGGUGAAAAUCUCGCAAGCAGCUUAUAUCUGCCCUGAUGUGUCCCCCCCCCCCCCAAAAAAAAAAGCUGCACCGUCGUACAGCACUUAAUGAGAUCAAAUCAUCCGCCGAUAUCCUGCUGUCGUUUCCCCCGCAUUCGUCGUGUCGUGUCGUGAGCGUGUGUACGUGUACAGCUGAUUGUCAGGUCUAUUUAAAUGAUUACCUGACUGGACAAUAAUGAUGUUUGUGUACCAUAUUGUACAGACUGUGAUUCCUGAAGACAGUGUUUUUUUUUGUUUGUUUGUUUUUAAGUGUCUUGUGAAUGAUUCGAUGUGAGUGAAUGGGGAAGUGAAACAAGAAAGAAGUGUGUGUGUGUGUGUGUGUGUGUGCGUGUGCGAGUGCGUGCGUGUGUGUGCGUGUGUGUGUGCGCGCCCUUGUCCAUGCACAGGCUAUGGCUGCAUUUACACAGCACCGAACACAAUCAGAUUUUUAACUCUCUGUGGCACAUGAAAUCAAAAGGAGACAACACUGUUUCCACGUGGUUUCUCUCUACUGUGUUCACGUGUGCUUUAAAGGCUUUAAAAUCUGUAUUUAUUUUUUGUUCAUGGUCUCUGUAAAUCCAGCGCAUCAAGCAUGAGUUUUUAAGUUUUGGAUCAUUUGACCAUCGCUGAAUGUGUAUGGAAGACAAUGCGGAUGUGAAAAGUAAUUUUCACUUUGACAAAAAAAAAAAGGAAAAGAAAAGUAAAGAAACUCAAGUGCCUCUAUUUGUGUCCAGUGGGAGUUGCUCUAUUUAUUUAAGAACAAAGAAUGAAUCUAAAUGAUUUUCCAUACCAUAUUGGUAUAAAUAUGAGAUUGUUUUUCGUAAAAUCAAAUGUUUCCAUAAGCUUUUUACUGGCGUUUAUGACGACACCAGGGUUUGGCUUUAAGAAAAAUGUGUGAUUUAACGUGUCAAAAUUUGCAUCAGUUGCUGUUUGUUUUUUGUUUUUCUCUCUUGAUGAUUUGAGCAAGUAUGGGUUUGUCUGAAAUGCCUGAACAAUUAAAACCAUUGCAUGCAAUAAACGAUAGCUUCAGACCAAGAACUACUUGUGUCCAUUUUGAAAAAGAAAAGAAAAAAACACAAGAGUAAAUGUAUUUCUCGUUGCAUAGUCAUUUACAGAGUGGAUGUCCUACGUCACCUGCAGAUACAGAGCCGCUUUAAAUGCACAACACUUAAGAUAACGGUCUGAAGUGGGUCAUGACGUUCAAGAAUAUCAUGCUACUUCAACCUUAAAGGAAUAUUUUCAAAUUGAUUUAAUUACUUAUUUUGAUUUCUUGCCGAGUUGGAUGAGAUAAUUGGGACCACUCUCACGUCUGUGUGCUAAACAGUAGCCGCCCCGCUUAGCUUAGCUUAGCUUAGCUUAGCUUAGCACAAGGACUGGAAACAGGGGGAAACUGGUAGCCUGGCUCUUUCUUGCUAAGUUAUCAAAUUUGUGUGAGGCCUGGAUGUUUUUGUACAAAUGUGUGUAAAAUGUCUCCAUUAUGAAAAUUGGCCACAUUACCCCCCCAAAAAGUUGGUUUUCAGGCCAAAAGGGAACAAAGGUGACAGCUGCCGCAUUAGCUGUUUUGGGUCACGACAGUCCCAUAAACUGUCAUUUGACAGUGAAACGACACUACAUGUGCACGUGAUGGUGAUCUGAUCUGAUCCCAGACGUCGGUGUGCGUUUGCGAACACAGAUAGUUGAAUGCGUUAACCCGGUUGGUGUUGUUUUUUAAUAUAGUAGCAUUUGGUGUGGCUCUUAUUCUUGCUCGAUUGUGUUGCACAUAAAGUCAUAGAAAUUCAGUAUCGACCGCGUUUCAGUCCUCAACCAUUCCAAAGCUCCAAAAGCAUAUUUUGGUUUUGGCCAUAUCACCCAGCGCUAGUUUGCGGAAUAUGUUAAAUGCCCUAAUGUAAAAGCAACAUGUUGUUGUGUCAUGGGACCAUGGGUGUUAUAACUUCACAUUGCACUUUGGGUUUUGUACACAUUUAAAAACAAAAAAAACAAAACCACAAUGUAUAACACCAGGUUUGGAAACACUGUGGCCCUUCGGAGGGGUCGUUUUAAAAUCAGACUUCCAGUUUCGGAGGAGGACGUUUAGGGCUGUGUCUAGUUCCACAGCCACUUUGCUUCAUCAUUAAUUUGCCAUUACGUGUACGAACGGCUGUGGGAGGGUGCUGAUGAGUUGAGAGAGGUUGCUUAAAGGGGCAGUAAGCGAUUCUAAUCCAAUACAAUUUUUGUAAAAUUCGGCUAAUAUAUUUCCUCACGGCUCAAAAAAAAGAAGGUGCGAUUGUAAUCCAAUACAAUUUUUGUAAAACUCAGUGAAUAUUUCCUCACGGCUCAAAAAAGAGGUGCGUUCCACACACAACACUGUGUGUGGAGUUUGAAAAUGUCACUCCGUGACACCUUAAGAGACGUGCUAGACAGAGACGCUACGACUUAGGGGUUGUGGCCUCAUGGCUAGCGUGUCCGUCUCCCAUAUCCAUAUCAAAAAAUCAACAACAAACCAUCUUUCUCCAAAAUCGCUGACUGCCCCUUUAACUGAAUUCCUAGUCAAGAGAUGAGCUCCGGUCGCCAGUGUAAAUUUGCUCGUCUGACACUAAAUCCACGCACAAUAAUUACACAAAGCAACACAGGAAUGCACCCAAUGAAUCAUGAUGUUAACAAAGUAUCCGGUAUAGAAUGGAAUUAAAUAGAAUAGAAGCAGAUAAAGUCAGCCGCACUGACCACAGCAGAGCUGAGCACAUAUGAUGUAGAUAUCAGACAUGAGCUUAAUUUAUCAUUUAUUGUAGCUUCAUAAAUAUUAAUGGUUAUUUAUCCAUUUUCUGGGGGGAGCUCAUGUCUCUAAGCCCCCCACUGGCUCAUGAGCUGUCGAGGAGCUGUUAGGUUGAUUUUGUUGCUUUUGGUCGAAGCCCAACUAGCCAUUUUCCAAGUUUUCAGUGCUAAGCUAAGCUAACCGGCCACCAGCUGAGUGGCAACUCUCAGCUCACGCGUCAGUGGGAAUAUUUCCAAAAAUGUCAGACGUAUUCUUUCAGAAUGGACUCCACAAUGGUUCUUCAUCUGAACGCCUGAAAAUGUGAACUAUAGUUUGACGAAAUACCUUGAAAAAAAAUGUUUUUCUUCAUUUGUGGUCAUGAAUCCAAAUUUGCAAUUUCCCCAAUGAGCCAAUGAAAGUUCUGCAACAGCCAACGAACAAACCCCACAGUCUGUUUCUGUCAGACCUCCGGUCGUCAACGCUCAGUUGUUGACCCGGUGUUGCUCAGUCCAAUUCAAAGAUGUUCGAUGUUGUUUUGUUUUAUAGUGAAGCGGUGAUGUUACUAUAUGGGUAUUGUUCAUUUCACACCACGGUCCUUAUUUUUGAUAAUAUGCAACGGUAAAAUAACCAUGAUGAUACAAUAACAUGCUGUAAAAAGUCUAAAGUGUUGCAUUGGUGACAUCAUGAGAGACAUCUGAUUCAUCCCACUAUGUUCCUUGUCACAUGAUGGCUAUGGUAAAUGUUGAAUUCAUGCAGCGGUUCAUUUUUAUGCAAUGUCAACCUGUCAGUAUAUUCUUAAAACACUUUUGGAGACAGACUGCCUAAGCAUGGCCUUUUUAUUCUGCUGACAUCUUAUCAAAUAUCCCAUUAGCUCUCAUUACAUUAAUACAGUUGCCAACUUGUUUAUCGAAGACGGCGGUGAGAGUCAACGUCGCCGCUGUUGUGAUCACAAUGGAGAGCAAAACUGACAUAUUUAGUUUUUUGACAACAGAUUAUAUCAAGCUGAUAAUAAAUUGAUCAUCAUACCAGUAUUGCUGAGUGUCUCUAAUAUUUGUUUGUAUCUCACAAACUCACAGAUACUUCAGGAAAUUGCCAAAACUGCCUGAUAUGGUAAAUCAAUUAGCAGUAUUUAGAGGCAUUAUAGGAGUUUUUCCUUUCUUCUAUCAUUCCUGUAAUCUAGCAGAUAGCCGCUUUCAUUUGCCUCAGUUGUGCUGUCGGAUCCGUGCAAGGGUUAGAAACAAUCAUUUGAAAGUGAUUUAACAGUAUUUAACUGGUCAUUAUUAUAUUUCAAAAUCACUAGAAGGAGACAUUACUAUUCUAAUAUCAUGUAAUAUAAUGUUCCCUUAUUGAUGCCUUAUUACUCAGCAGUUACCAUCAUGAGUCCUUUUCCACUUAUUAUUGAGUAAAAUCAACUAAUGUACUAAAUAUCUUUGGCUGUAACAGAAAACACUACUUCAGCAGAUAAGUCCCCAAACCAACUUCCUGUACGACUUUGUUUGUUUAUGGCGCAGUAUAGUAAUUUGAACUAGAGGCUAUUAGCCUAGCUUAGCAUAAAGGAAAUAAGUGGCGUGGCUCUGUCCAAAAUUCCCCAAAAAUCACAUCUGAAGCUCACAGAUGGACACGCUGUAUCCUGUCAGUUCAAUCCAUACUCAAACCAAAACUUACGUUUUCCAUAGACUAUAAAAUGUGAUUUAGUUAGCUUUAGAAGUGUUGAUAGUUGGAUUUUUCUAGCUGUUUACCUCCUAAUUGAUGCUAAACUAGGCUAAACCCCCUUCUGGCUCUUGCUUUAUGCACAGGAAGUGGUUAUUAAUCCUUUCAUCUAGCUCUCAGAAAAAGCAAAUAAGUCUAAUUAAAAAAAAAAAAAACUCACUCCUUUCUCUUACAUCACUUACGCUGCAUUGUAAAUCAAAUAGAGUUCACGUAUUAUGGAAGUGAAGUAUUCAACAUAACAUGGUGACACAGAAGUGACAUUGCGACAAAGUAUCUGAUCAACAGCUAAUCAGGGAGAUGAUUUAAGAUUCAUUCAUCGUCAGACAGUCUGUCCCCUGUUUUAAUUUUGCUGUAAACGAGAAACUUUAAAAAACCAACAGUACAAUUUGAACCAUCAAUUUUUCGAGUACCAUGUCGAGCUCCACUGACGGCCCCGUGUGCAGUCAUUUUGUGAACGCUAUGUCCGGCCGCUCCUGGGACGCAACAUUUGUUAAAUUUAAGAGGGAAUUCAGAAUUACCCCAGUCAAAGUUUACAAGGAAACUAUUGUUGAUUCUGUGCCCUUUCAUUUUUUUUUUCAGUAGUUCUGUUCUGCUGCAGUGAAAAUCUGUCAGCGGCUCUCUGUGGUGACGUACACUUGACUAACUUCAGCGAAAGUUAUUUCUGUCCAAACUAACCUUUAAAGGUGCAAUGUAGCGGCUUUUUUUUUUUUUUACUUAAGCACUUCUCCACCAUCAGUGGCUUAAAGUGCUUGAUUAUCCUAAAAACUAGGUCAUCUCAAAUCAUCGACCUCUUUAGCUUUAUUUGGGCAACGUACCCCAGAAUUACCAGUAGACAGUAUUUCCUACAGUGAGGAUUCACAACAGCAUCAAAAGAGAUGGCACCUUUAAAGAGUUGGGUAUCCCACUGUGGUGUUAUUUGCCUAAGAGGAUCCGGGCUGUAACACGGUGCCUCUGAUCCAGCCCGACAAACCUCUGUCUGUGGAUGUGAGGCGCGACGCUGGCUCACAGCAGCACUGCAAAGAUUUCUACAAAGUCCCAUCUGAGGGACACGUCCGUCCUACGCGGAUUGCAUUGUAUUUUCAAAUGUGUUGCACAACUCCAGCCCUUUCUUCUGUUUCUAUCUGUGCUAUCCUUUGGCCUUUUAUAUGGUUCUUUUUUUUAUAAUGAAGUUGUUCUGUGUGAUGAUCAGAAGUUGUGAUGCAGUUCCAUUGUUUUUAAAUAUUUAAUGUCUCUACAAUAUGGAUUAAAAUCUGUUUGAACCAGUG